UAACCUUCACAUCUCCCUCCCCGUCGAGGACUCGCGGCUGCUACAAUCCGAGCAAGGGGCAAAACAAACAUCACUUUAUCAGAGAAGCUUCGUCGAAUGGGAUACGUUCAGGAAGCACGCGAGAAUCACGUGAAGAAGAAAGUAGAAGAAGCUUUACGGAGUAAAAUGAAGCAGAAGGCAUUAAAAGAAUGUGAUCGUUACACGUCCAAGUAUGCUGAGUGUGCCAUCGGAAAAACGAUUUCGAUUGUGUGGCAGUGUCGCAAACAGGCGAAAGAGUUAAACAAUUGCCUUCAUCAAUUCACUAAUGAUUCUGCCUUGGAAGAAAUGAAAAGAGAAUAUAUGCUUCAGCAGGAUGGGAAGGAGGCUGCAAGAAUCUAAGCUCGACUUCAUUGAUUGCAGCCAAUUAAGACAACAUUUAGGGUGCGUUGGGUUUGGAUAAUCUUUUAUUAUAAAAAAUGAAAGAUUACCACAAAAAUAUAUUAUCUAAAAAAUUACUAGAUAUAAAUUAUUGAGUAGUGUUAUAUGCACAAUUUUAUACAUAAACAACGAUGUAUCAUUAUGUAAUUGGAUAAUUGAAAAUUAAAGAUAAAACAAUAUCCGAUUAUAUGAUGACAUAUCGUUGUUUGUGUAUAUACUUUUACUGUAAAUUAUUAUUAUGUUUAGUUAGAUGUAAUAUAAUAAUAUUAAAAUAUUAUUUUACUUUGAACUAUACGCAACCCCCUAGUGUAUGGAAUUCCCACAGUGGAGCAUCUGCUGUGUGAGGUUCUUCUCCUCCUACAUGUACAAGCUACACUUCUACACUUCUGUAGGAACUUUUUUGGUUCUAUUUUGGCAUUUGUGGAGCAUGGUUGGAGGUGGUUGGUGGAAAAAAUGAUCUUGUUUUCAAUGGAGCUUGUGAAACUUAUUUUCUUUUUAUUGGGGACAAAUACCUUGAUGCAUAAUACACAAUUUGUUUAGACCUA